UCAUAAGCAGGAACAGUGAAUACUGACACUGUUCUUCGUCACACGCGGCGAACCGAAAUCACACAAUCUCGACGCAAACCACUACGUAUUUCUUUCAAUAAUAAUUUGUCUUUUAAGGUUGAAGAAACUCAGACCCUGUUUUCUUUCUCCCUCUCUCUAAUCCCCAAUCUGGUUCUUGUGCGCUCGCAAUAAAUAAGAACCAUUUUAAAGAACAUCAAAAUGAAAGACCAAACAAUGAGUUACGAUUCCCACUGUCUCUAAUUGGGGUUUCUGGGAAUUUCUUGUCGUUUUCUCUGGAAAAUUAUGUCCUCCGCAUCUUCUUUGGGUUUUCCCGGAAAAGCUCUCACCAAUCUUGAACGCUUUCUGGUAUGCGUCACUCCAGAUGUUCCUUCACUCACUCUUCAGGGCUGUUGUAGUGAUCCAAAUGGCCAAUGGGUACCUCCUGGAAAAGACACAGUUGAAUACUUCAAUCUGAAAGAUCUUUGGGACUGCUACUAUGACUGGAGUGCAUAUGGUGUUGGAACUCCUAUGAUGUUUGAAAAUGGUGACACUAUGCAAUACCAUGUUCCAUAUUUGUCUGCCAUCCAAAUCUACAGUAGCAAAGCGGUUGCAGCAGCUUCUAGGCUUGGGAAAGAGGAUAGUGAAGGAGCUGAAUCUGAUUCCUGGAGUGAGGACAGUGGAAGUGAUAAGCUAUCUAGAACACUGAGUAACAAUUCUAGCAAAGCAUGGGAUGAUGCUUCUUUAGAUUCAAACUCUGAACAAGUGGGUUCUUGGACAGCAAAGGAUAAUGAACUUUACUUACAGUACAAUGAGACCUCUCCAUAUUGGCAGAGAGUUCCAUUUUCUGAGAAGAUAGCUGAGUUAGCUAGAAGCCACCCAGCGUUGAUGACAUUGAAGAGUGCAGAUAUUUACCCAACCAGUUGGAUGGCUGUUGCUUGGUACCCGCUUUAUUCCGUACCAUGUCAGAAAAGUAAAAAGGACCUGUCAAGCUUCCUCACUUUCCAUACAUUGUCGUCUUUCCAAGAUUUAGCAAGAACAUAUGAUGAAAUUGACACAGGGAGCAGUGCAUGUUUUUCAAAUGGGUGGCGAAGAAUUAUAAGAGAAAAAUGUAAGAAACAAGAGGGUGGUUGUAUAUCUCUCUUUCCAUUUGGACUAGCCACUUACAAAAUGCAGAAAAAUGUUUGGUCAAACACCUCCAAUAAAGUGGUGUCUGAUCUAUACAAUGCUGCAGACUCGCGGUUGAAACUUCUCAACGCUGAUCACCAUGACUUCAACUUCUUCACAUGCCAGCCCACUUGUGCCUAGUACAUUGUUUCAUGUGUGUUCAAUGUAAUCCAAACAUCCUAACUCAUGUCCUUUACUUAGUAUUAUGGUACUCUGACUUCGGCAUAUGUUAAGGAUUUUUUGGUAACCAGAACAUUGAUAAAAAUGUACAUUUUUGUUUAGUGGGUCUUCUUGUUAAGUGAUGUUUCUUCUUUAUCCAAUUCUUUUGGUUUGGUUACUUUCAUAUAUGACUGUCAAAUUUUAGGCAAACUAAUUGUUAUCUCUUUUCUAGUACAGUCUUUUCCAUCUUUAAAUACUUUGCAAGUUCUUCUGCUUCACUACAACGUUGGGGGAUCAAUUGCCGUGAAUUCAGGAGACAUAGGCUAAAAUAAUUGACAUGAAAUCAGCCUUUGGUAAAGUCGGGUUGGGUCACAGGACCACAAAAAUAAAUAAACUGUAUCCAUCAAGUCAAAGUAUUAUAAAAAAAUGGACACAUUUCUGUUUAUGGUAACCUAAAUUAGAUUUUCAGAUUUUUUAAUAUAAUAAAUA